AUCGCUUAAAAAUAAAAUAAACAAAUUAAUGUAAAGGAAUUCCACGCAUGUGCGGAUCUUACGCAUGCGCCACCUCGCCUUAAUGAUUUGCCUUGCUCAAAUGAGCAGGUAAAUGGUCUCAAUAGAAGUAUGAUAGGUUUAAUUUAGAUCAUUCGCUAGAAGUUAAUAUAAGUGAUUAGAAAUAAGUGUGUGGGGCAUGCCUUUUAAAUUCCGGUAGCAUCACUCGUCAAAGCCCCGUAGGGCGCGAGUAGCCAUGAGUUCUCCGAAACUCAAUGAACGGUGUCCAAGCAGCUUGAGCAACGGCAAAAAGCUCCUAAGCAAUGACUCCAAAGAAGACUCCUUGGACAACUCGAUGCGGGAGUCCGCAAAGUCGGAGAGAAGUGGAAAAGGCGAGGAAGACUGGAGGAGACGCACCAUCAUCGUUGAGAAGAAAAACGGCACUUAUGGCUUCACAUUACAGAGCUACGGCAUACAUUACAAAAAGGAGCAAGAGAUAGAGGUGAUCACGUACGUGGACCACGUGGAGGCGGACGGGCCGGCGGCGCUGGCGGGCAUGCGCGAGGGCGACGUCAUCCUGGCCAUCAACGGCGCCGACGUGGAGCGCGCCGACCACGCCGCCAUCGUCGACGCCAUCAACAACUGCGACUCGCGGAUGCGCAUGGUAGUCAUCUUCGAGGACUGCGUCCGAAAAGUCGAACUCCACCUCAAAUACAUUAACCUACAACGAGCGAUUCAGUCCAAAAUGCGCGAAUUAGAUCAACUCACCGUCCGCGAAAGACAACUUUUUGAUUCCAACUGGAAAACGCACAGUUUGCCGUCGCAGAAAAAGAAGAAUUCUCCUUCAGACGUUAUUUCUGAUACGGAGGAAAACAAUGCGGGCGACGGGAUCAACUCCUACAAUAGGCCUACGCUUUCCAGUGAAAAUGUCACUGCCGCCAAGCCUCCCCAAGCGAAUGUGUUCAUGUACCAGUAUCUGGACCCGAGAUACGGAGCGUGUGUCAUACAGCCUAACAUAAGAACGGGAAGCUUUGUGAUCACCGUUGGCUCUCCAAGAAAUAGGCGCGAUUGCCAUCACUACAUAGUGAAAAACACGAACGAAUGCCAUCGAGCUUCAGAAAACUACAAAGUAGCAAACGGGAAACAUGGGAAGGUUCACAGAAAUAACCAUAGCCACAGCUGCACACCGUGCAUGCCCAAUCACAACAACCAGGAUGCGAACAGUCUCGAGGCGUACGACCUCGCCAGUCCCUGCUGCGACCCACAUUGCGUGCCUAAUUCACGGAAGAAAAUACGACGCAAGAAGGAGUGUUCGAAGGAACACAAACGAAAGGAAAAAUGCCAACAAGUAGACAAAUCUACUCAGAAACCGGAUGGAUGCUCCCAUACGCGAGCCAAGAAAGUUUGCUCAUCCGGACACUGUUCAAGCCGCUACAGAUAUUUAACUGCGGAAUCGACACAGACGAGUCAAUGCAGUUUACAGUCCUACGCAACCAGUAAUGCUACAGUACCCUGUGAUAAUUCUGCUUCCAGUUACAGUACAUCUCUCAGUAGCGACACCCUUUUUUGGGAUAACGAUCGAUCGGAGGCGAAAUCCUCACCAAAGAUACAGUAUCAGAGCUCUCACCAGCACGUGAAGCCUAAGUCGUGGGAUAAUUUGACGACCAAAGCAUUUGGUGGGUACGGUUUCGGUUAUGGGUACUUGGAUACUAGCACGAAGCAGUCGAGCCGUUCGAAGAGCCACGGCCGGAGCCACAGCGGGCGCAGUACGCAGAGCCACCACGAGUACCAGCCGGCGCCGAAGCACGCGCACCGGCAGAGCGCGGCGCCGCACCACUACCCGGCGUACGGCCGCAGCCACAGCCACUGCGCGCCCACCAAGUCCACCGAGAGCCUGGUGCUGGUGCCCAAGUACCCGCUGGAGAGCAGCGGCUCGGAGACGCGCCUGGCCUGCGACUGCGCCGACGCCGCCGACUACUACCGCCGCGCGCCCAAGGGCUCCGCCGACCCGCACUCCGCCGGAUAUUACUCCCAACAUUUCAUCUACCCGACGCAUUCAUACAAGAAGAAAGAAUCAAACAUUAGCUCAGAAAUAACGAGGUUAUAA